AUGAUUUUCGCUCGCUCCGGUAUCGUCGCCGCGACCUUACUCAUCGUCCAAUCGACCUUCUCGAUCGCUGCUCCCUUGUCGGAUAAUACCGUCCAUGGGCUCGAGAAGCGCAUCUCUUGCCACACCAACGAGAUUGCCGAGAGUGAGUUUUCGCGGUCAACCCUCGUCAACGUCAGUGCGGGGCAGCCGCGGCGAUGGCGGCGUCGCAUUCCCACUUGUUCUCAUGUGCUUUCGAGCUUCCUCUCACCUCUUGCGCUUCGGACGGUGCAACUAAUCAGAUUAGAGUUGUCACGAAGCCGCGUUACUAACUUACUUCCUAUGAACUCCGCAGACAACGCCUGCGUGUCUUGCGCCUCGCUUUAUCCGAACGCCACGACUUGCAGUCGUUCGGAGCCUUUGACGUGCUCGUACGGUGUACCUAACUCCAAGCGCAAGUGAGUGCACUUUUCAUCCUCACUCGUGUCCGAAAGGCCACCGAGGCUGACUUUCGACCCCUAUUCACCGCCCUCGCCGUCUGGCAGGUGCGCAGCUGUAGACUGCACCAAGACCCCUGGAACCUACCUCAGCACCGAUGGUGAGGAUUCUCCUACCAAGCUCUCCCCCAUCUGACAUUCACUGUACUAACCGACUAUACUCCUUUCUCUCUGUACAUAGCCAAGCAGUGCCUGGCCUGCAACGACACCCAUGCCCUGACGUGCAACAGCACUACUACCCUUAGUUGCCAAGCCAACUAUACCCUCUACCCUUUCGACAAUGUAUGCUACUUUGGAAAACCAUACUCCCAGUACAUAGCCUAUGGCUUGGCCAAGCCCUUCUCGUCAAGCCAGCAGCCGUUCUCCGAGGCUGUAAACGGCGAUCCGGUACAAUGUUUGAUCGAUCAUCCCAAGGCACGCGGUGAGUGAGCCCGCCGAUGAAUUUUCCAAGUUGCUUGAGGUGACAUUGCCUGUCGUCCUGAUCCCCAACUGCUCCCUACUCGCCGACAGUCCUCGCCUUUUCGGGCAACCCCUAUAAGUGCUAUGGGCAGAAUGGCGCCCUUGACCAGACCGUUCUCAAGAAGUCCGACGGGAACGCGUUCUUGAUCCUCGCAAGUUAUUGCGUAGACCUCGCGAAGAACCCAUUCGUCACCGCCAACAAAGCACAGGGCGAUUGCGAGCAAUUUUUCGUUGGCCCUGACGGGACGGUGACAGGGGUGGCGAGGGGCCCGUAA